CAUCAAGAAACUUUUCCUGCUUUGGGAAGGAGUUCAGCGCUCGUUCAGUGCCUGGAGCGAAGCGGCCGGACUCCGGGGCAGUUUCCGAGCUCUUUUCCGCUCGAGCCGCCGCGCAAGAUGAGCGUCGCCGUGGAGGAAGCCGCCUUGCCGUCCAUCUCCACCUUUGCUGCCCUGGUGCCGCUGGAAGACCGGCAGCCCGAAAUGAGGCUUCUCCCGCCUAGCGCGGAAGGCGCCGCCGUCACCACCAUCAAGAGGGAAGCGGACGAGCUGGGCAACUUCGUCGACCUGGAGUUCAUCCUGGCGCACACGACCAACGGGCAGCCGCCCCAUGGGGUGGCGCCCCCGCCUCAUGCCAACCCCAACUACCCGCUGCCCGAGACUCCCGAGAGCUGCGGCACCACCUACGACAGCGAUAGCUCGGGCUAUCAGCCCCCCAACAAGUUCGGCGCGUCCUACCUGCCCAGCCCGGGCCACAGCUACGUGGCCGAGCUCUUCACGCAAGACCUGCAGCAGCACCCCCAGGCGCCCCCGGGGCCGGGCCACUGCGAGCUCCAGCGACGGGAAUACACGGAGCUGCGCGCCCCCGGCCUGGCCCACCCCGCCGCUGCCGGCCUCCCGCGGGGCCUGGCCUUGGAGCACAUGCGCGUCAAGCAGGAGCCCAUGGACGGGCACUCGUGCAUGCUGAGCAGCAGCCCCGAUUGCCUGGACCACAAGCCCCUGCUGAUGCAGUCCAUGAUCCACCAGCAGCAGUGCCUCCCGCAGCACGCGGCCAACUGCUUCCCCGGCGAGCAGAUAGGCCCGGGGCCCCAGUGCCAAGUGGCUGGCGGCGGCGGCGGCGGCGGCGACCUGAGCGCGCAGAUGGCAGCCGCCCAGCAUUACUCGCGGGGCCCCCACCUCUUUCCGGCCAACUUCGCCGCCGCCGGGCAGAUGCCGCCCCAGUUCCAUGGACACUUCAGCGUCUUCCGGGAACCCCUGAAGCCCGCCCAGGGCCUGCACGGGCUGCUCGUCACGCCGCCCAACUCGCCCGUCUUGGAUUACUACGCCCCGAUGGGGCCCCCGGAGGAGUGCAAGCCCAAGCGGGGCCGCCGCUCCUGGGCCCGCAAGCGCACGGCCACCCACAACUGCGAAUACGCCGGCUGCGGCAAGACCUACACCAAAAGCUCGCACCUCAAGGCGCACAUGCGGACCCACACGGGUGAGAAGCCUUACCACUGUAACUGGGAGGGCUGUGGCUGGAAAUUUGCACGGUCAGAUGAACUAACACGCCAUUACCGCAAGCACACUGGUAUCCGGCCUUUCCAGUGCCACCUGUGUGACCGUGCCUUCUCCCGAUCAGAUCACCUGGCUCUGCACAUGAAGAGGCAUGUGUGAAGGAUGGCUGGCUGGGUCCUUUGGGGGGGGGGGGAUGUGGAAGGGCUGAAAAGGAGAGGGAGGGGAGGGGAGGAUGCAAAGAGACUGAGAACUCUAUUUAUGAAGGGAUGGAAUAUUUUUCUUAUUGGAGUAGCUAAUUUAUGUAUAUAUUAGUGAAACAUUUUAAUAUUUAAAGAGGAAAGCCAUCUGGUUCUUCCAUAGCAAUAUGGAAAAGGUUUAUAUAUUUAAGAGCGAAUAGUUACACAAAUCUGGCUACUGCAGCAGUGGCCAGGGUAUAUGACAAAUUGCACUGGAAGAGCAUGGCGGGGGCAGUAUAAAUGUGGUAGUCUAUCUCUGCCAGUCCUGAUCCAAAUCUUCACUGUGCACACAGCCAUUGUACAGAUACUAUGUUGACUGUCUCAAGCUGUUUGUAAGAUUUUUAACUUUUGUAUGUUUUACUCUACACUGGUUCCCCCCCCCCAUUGUAAAAAGUGCUCUGUUUUCUCAGCCUUUAAAGUAGAAGUCCUUGAGAUGGGGACAAAUUAAACUUCAUGGAGAUUCUAGCCCCUUUUGUUCUUCCAAGGGGUUGUGCCAAAAUAAAAGUGCUAAAAAUGCUCAUACAGAAGGCUGUCUUGGCUUGCACUAAGUAUCAGUCCUUCUUACUUUUGAAACUUGGUCUCUGCGUCCCAUAUAAUAAACAGCUGGAAAAGAGCUUCAAAGACAAAUAUUUGAUGUUUCUUGACCUCUUAAAUUUGUUCAUGUUUUGCCAAAAUCUAUGACUGGCAUUUUUGUAUAACAUUUUUUAAAUAACGUUUUGUUUCAUCAGUCUGUUUGGACCAAUAGCAGCCUAUGAUAAUGUAACUCUUCCUAAAGCAAGUAAUGUCCACCAAUAAGUUUCCAAGCUGUCAGCAGUGAGUGUUUGGGAUAAUCUCAACAGACAACUCUGCCCCUCACCCCCGAAAAAAACUUUCACUUCUGGAAGAGGCUGGAAAAACCAAAAUAUAAACCCUAAACAAAGACAAAACUUCUGUUGGUAGGUUGCAUGAGCGGAAAAGUUUAGAGACCAAUGUCUGCAACCCAAUUCCAUGCACCCUUACUUAGAAGUACCCGGGAGUUAGCCCAACUGAACUGAAUAGGUCUUCUGAGUAGAUUGUACUGUAAUCACACUGAGUGGAAUGGGACUUGUGGCACAAUCCUGCACAUUCUACCCAGAAAUAAGUUCCAUUGAAUUCAGCGGGGUUUACUCCUAGAUAAACUGGUAUAGGAUUACAGCCCCAGACCCUACAGUAAGUGUGCUUAGGGUUGCAAUGUUAAAGCAUUUCUUUUUCUUGCUCAGGGAUGCUGCCAAACCAAGACCAAAAAAUAUUUGAUUAUUCUGCUUUAUUUGUCAUGAGACCUCAUAAUUGUAAGCAAAACUUUGGAAAAAGUUGCCUUAUGGAACUAAAAAAGAAACAAGUUGUAAUGUUUCAGUGCUGUCAACCAACCGAAGUUCUUGUGGGGUGCAAGCCUAUGCACGUUUUAUUGUAAGGGAGCAAGUCAUACUGACCUUUAUGGGAAGAAUGUUCAAAUAAGAGUGUGUGUAUAGGAUUGUAGCCUUGGCUAGCAGUGCAAUCCUGGGUGUGCUUACUGAGAAGUAAAUCCCACCAGGUCAAUGGGGCUUACUCACAGUGGAUGGGGUGGUGGCUGAACAGUUUUGGCUUUUAACAACUGACUAGAUGUACAUACAUCAGCUCAAUUUAAAUACCUCAGGGCGCUUUAUGAGAAUGUAACAUAUUUUUUAAGCAAUUUAUUGUCUAUGUCUAGGGGGGAAAUGUCAUUUUUACUAUUUCUCAACAAAUGUGUGAAGCAGGUAAUGCUCCAAGACUUUCAGAGGUUUAUGAAUUUAACUGGUGGUUAUUUUUGUUUUCUAUGACAACUGAAAGUUAUUGUUCUAUUCUUGUAAUCAGUUCGUGUUCUCUGAACUCUGUAUUCCUUUGCUCAAGCAAAGAUGUUUCUGGAGCACAAAAGUAGGCUAUUCCAAAAAGCUGGUGAUUUGGCUGAUGAAUGGAUACUUUUGAAAAUCUGUGACUAUGACUUUAAAUCAAUCCUUCCUCACAAACCAGUGCCCUCCAAAUGCACUGGACUACGGUUCCCCAUCAUGGUGGCUGGGUAUGAUGGGAGUUGUAGGACUUUUUCUGCACAUCCGGAGAGCACUGGAUUGUGGGAAGCUGCUUUAGAUAAUCUGUUGCAGUGAUGAAGAGUGCAAUCCUAUCCAUAUUUAGACAGAAAAAAGUCCUACAACUCCCAGCAUUCCCCAGCCUGCUGCCUCGGGAAUGCUGGGAAUUGUAGGACGUUUUCUUUCUAAACAUUCAUAGGAUUGCGCCCUAAAGUUACAGUUUAUGGACCUGACAUCUGAAGAGGGGUUUCGGAAUCCAUUCCAAUCUCCUAUGGCAAUGAUUUAUAUGGGUUGACUGAAAGUCUGUUAUGGACAUCUUUAUCUGUGGUUUCGAUGUCCCCCUCCAAAGGAUGACAAUUAAGCCAGGUACUGCUGCAGCUGCAUUUUUUUUUCUAGGCAGCUUUUGAGUUUUAUUUUUGUAAAGGGCAUUUUUGUCCAUUUCUGCUAUACUUGAAUCUUUCUUUCUAAGAAGAAAAGACUCUCUCAAUACGUAGCUUAUGCAAACAAGUUGUAAUUCUUUUUUAAAAUGCUGUAAAUGUGUCUUGGUGUUUUUUUUAAAAAAAAUAGCUUGGGUCUGUUUAGUAAAUGACCUCAGCUCUGGUAUGUGCAACUGCACCUGUCUGUAUAUAUUGUUAAUUAACAUUUUUUUGCUUGGGCCCAUCAGAUAUCUCCCAUCAGCAAAAUGUUAGUUUGCUCUAUAUGCAUACCUAGAGAUAUUGUUGAUCUGAUGUAAAACAAAUAAAAUACAAUACAAUAACAA